UCUAUUUUCUCCAUUUCUAACGAUCCAAACAGGGUUUUAAAUCAAUAGUUUCUAUCUUGGAUCUUGUUUCAUGGAGAUGGUCAUAGUUCCGCUUAGUGGAACUGGCGACGACGAAUACGAAUAAAUGAGAUGGUGACGAGGAACAGCAGAACGGAAAGUCCCAAUUGGGCAAAUUUGCAACGCUCAUUGUCACUUCUUCCGAGAUUCUCGUCAUCUAAGGCGAAAGCUGUUUCUUUCCUUUUUGUGUUCUCUCUUCUCAUCUACUAUUAUUCAUUGCUUUCAUAUACUAGUAAGACCCUUGUCUCAGCCUUUCUUCACCUCAUUGGAUUGCUGUUUUCCGGCUUUCGUCUGCGAUCAACAAUGGCUGAUCACAGUAAGACGAAGACUGAGAUUUCGCUUGUUGGAACAUUCGCUAGUAGUGCUUUCGCUGCAUGCUUUGCUGAGCUUUGUACCAUUCCUUUGGACACUGCUAAAGUAAGGCUUCAGCUCCAAAAGAAAGCUACAGGGGAUGGUGUGGCUCUUCCUAAAUACAGGGGCAUGUUAGGUACUGUCACAACUAUUGCUAGGGAAGAAGGUCUCACAGCCCUCUGGAAAGGCAUUGUACCAGGACUACAUCGUCAAUGCCUCUUUGGAGGUUUAAGGAUUGGGUUGUAUGAACCAGUUAAGUCCUUGUAUGUUGGUAGUGAUUUUGUUGGGGAUGUUCCUCUAACCAAGAAGAUUCUUGCUGGACUUACAACUGGUGCUCUAGCAAUUACAGUGGCCAAUCCAACUGAUCUUGUAAAAGUUCGACUUCAAGCUGAGGGAAAAUUGCCACCUGGUGUGCCAAGACGUUAUUCUGGAGCAUUGAAUGCAUAUUCUACUAUAGUCAAACAAGAAGGGGUGGGGGCGUUGUGGACUGGGCUUGGGCCUAACGUAGCUCGUAAUGCUAUCAUAAAUGCUGCUGAACUAGCCAGUUACGAUCAAGUGAAACAGACAAUUUUGAAGAUCCCAGGAUUCACAGAUAAUGUUUUUACUCAUAUUCUAUCUGGUUUGGGGGCAGGAUUUUUUGCUGUCUGUAUUGGCUCCCCAGUUGACGUGGUGAAGUCAAGAAUGAUGGGAGAUCCAACCUACAAAAGUACAAUUGACUGUUUCGUUAAGACUUUGAAAAACGAUGGGCCUUUGGCUUUUUACAAGGGUUUCAUCCCAAAUUUUGGUCGUCUAGGAUCUUGGAACGUGAUCAUGUUUCUGACAUUGGAGCAGGCCAAGAAAUUCUUUAGAAGGGAAGUAGAUUGAUGGGCUAGAAGAACAAUAUAUAACCAAUUAUUGGGGAUUGUCUGGGCAUUCAUUGAACUUGCCUGGAGUGAAAUAAUGUUACCCCUGCUAUUGUGCUCAUUUUUUCCAUGGAUAAAGUUUAAAAUGUUACAAACUCCAUUAAUUGCAAGCAUAAUCCCAUUUCGGUUUUCCCUUAUGUGGGAAUACUGAAGAACAAGUAGCAUAAUUUGAGGCUGUGUUUCAACAUUUUCAAA